AUGUCUUUUUAUGAUCAAUACCAGUAUGCCGCCGAUAACAAUGACGAUGGCAGCUCGUUUAUGAACAAGGCCAAGGGCCUUUUCCGCGAUGAUGACGGUAGCGUUGACAAAUCGCGCGUCGCAUUUGCUGGUAUUUCCGCCUUUGCUGAGGAGCAGAGCAGAUACAACGAGCAAGCCCAUCAGUUCUUCAACGCCGACGGCCAGCCCAUUGGCCAGCUGCACGACGCCAACGGUGAGCUCAUUGAGCAGGACCUGUACGAUGCCAACGGUGAGCCCGUCGAAGAGGACACUUUGGACAAGCUGCGCAACUACUUCCGCGACGAGGACGGCAGCGUGGACAAGUCGCGUGUGUUCUUUGCGCUCGCCGGCGCUGCACUUGUUGGCUACGCCGGCAAGAAGUUGUACGACCACUUCAACCCAGAGGAGGAGCAAAUAUGUACAAGCAGGAAAAGCAGCAGUACUACGACGCCGACGCUCAUCGAGCAGGACCUCAUUGACAAAUCCCGCGUGUUCUUUGCGCUCGCCGGCGCUGCACUUGUUGGCUACGCUGGCAAGAAGCUGUACGACCACUUCAAUCCAGAGGAGGAGCAGAACAAGUACGAGCAGGAGAAGCAGCAGUACUACGAUGCCGAUGGCCGUCCCAUCCGCCAGCUGCACGACGCGAACGGUGACUUGAUUGAGCAGGAUCUGUACGAUGCCAACGGUGAGCCUGUCGAAGAGGACACUUUGGACAAGCUGCGCAACUACUUCCGCGACGAGGACGGCAGCGUGGACAAGUCGCGUGUGUUCCUUUCUCUUGCCGGUGCCGCCCUCGUUGGUUACGCCGGCAAGAAGGUAUUUGACCACUUCAACCCCGAGGAGGAGAAGAGCAAGUACGAUGACGAAAGCAGCAGUACUACGACGCCAACGGUCCUCAUCGAGCAGGAUCUGUAUGAUGCUAACGGCGAGCCCGUUGAGGAGGACACUCUAGACAAGCUGCGCAACUACUUCCGCGAUGAGGACGGCAGUGUGGACAAGUCGCGUGUGUUCUUUGCGCUCGCCGGCGCUGCACUUGUUGGCUAUGCCGGCAAGAAGCUGUACGACCACUUCAAUCCAGAGGAGGAGCAGAACAAGUACGAGCAGGAGAAGCAGCAGUACUAUGACGCCGAUGGCCACCUGUACGAUGCCAACGGCGAGCCUGUCGAAGAGAAUACAAUUGACAAGCUGCGCAACUACUUCCGCGAUGAUGAUGGCAGCAUUGACAAGUCGCGCGUGCUAUUUGCGCUUGCCGGCACUGUUCUUGUUGGAUACCUGGCAAGAGGAUCUACCGCCAUUUUAACCCAGAGGAAAUGCAAGGCUCGUAUGAGCAGGAGAAGCAGCAGUACUACGAUGCCGAUGGCCGCCCAUCCGCCAGCUCACGACGCGAACGGCGACUUGAUUGAGCAGGAUCUGUACGAUGCCAACGGUGAGCCCGUUGAAGAGGACACUUUGGACAAGCUGCGCAACUACUUCCGCGACGAGGACGGAGUGUGGACAAGUCGCAAGGUAUUUGACCACUUCAACCCCGAGGAGGAGAAGAGCAAGUACGAUGACGAAAAGCACAGUACUAUGACGCUAACGGUCCUCAUCGAGCAGGAUCUGUAUGAUGCUAACGGCGAGCCCGUCGAAGAGGACACUUUGGACAAGCUGCGCAACUACUUCCGCGACGAGGAUGGCAGUGUGGACAAGUCGCGCGUGUUCUUUGCGCUCGCCGGCGCUGCACUUGUUGGCUACGCCGGCAAGAAGCUGUACGACCACUUCAAUCCAGAGAGGAGCAGAACAAGUACGAGCAGGAGAAGCAGCAGUACUACGAUGCCAACGGCCGUCCAAUUCCGCCAGCUCCACGACGCCAACGGUGAGCUCAUCGAGCAAGACCUGUACGAUGCCAACGGCGAGCCCAUUGACAAGUCGCGCGUGCUAUUUGCGCUUGCCGGCACUGUUCUUGUUGGAUACCUGGGCAAGAGGAUCUACCGCCAUUUUAACCCAGAGGAAAUGCAAGGCUCGUAUGAGCAGGAGAAGCAGCAGUACUACGAUGCCGAUGGCCGUCCCAUCCGCCAGCUUCACGACGCGAACGGUGACUUGAUUGAGCAGGAUCUGUACGAUGCCAAUGGCGAGCCUGUCGAAGAGGACACUUUGGACAAGCUGCGCAACUACUUCCGCGACGAGGACGGCAGCGUGGACAAGUCGCGUGUGUUCCUUGCUCUUGCCGGUGCCGCGCUCGUUGGCUACGCCGGCAAGAACAAGUACGAUGACGAGAAGCAACAGUACUACGAUGCCAACGGUCAGCCCAUUGACCAGCUGCACGACGCCAACGGCGAGCUCAUCGAGCAGGAUCUGUAUGAUGCCAACGGUGAGCCCGUCGAAGAGGACACUUUGGACAAGCUGCGCAACUACUUCCGCGACGAGGAUGGCAGUGUGGACAAGUCGCGCGUGUUCUUUGCGCUCGCCGGCGCUGCACUUGUUGGCUACGCCGGCAAGAAGCUGUACGACCACUUUAACCCUGAAGAGGAGCAGAACAAGUACGAUCAGGAGAAGCAGCAGUACUACGAUGCCGAUGGCCGCCCAUCCCUCAUCGAGCAGGACCUGUACGAUGCCAACGGCGAGCCUGUCGAGGAGGAUACGAUUGACAAGCUGCGCAACUACUUCCGCGAUGAUGACGGCAGUAUUGACAAAUCCCGUGUGUUCUUUGCGCUCGCUGGCGCUGCUCUAGUAGGAUACAUGGGCAAGCAGAUCUAUGACCACUAUAACGAGGAGGAAGAGUCGGUGGAGCAGAGUCAGGCUAUUCAGCAGCAGGCACAGUACUAUGACGCCGACGGUCAGCCUAUUUACGAGCUGUAUGAUGCCAAUGGAAAUCUUGUCGAUCAGAUUAUAUAUAAAGCCGACGGCGAGCCCGUUGAAGAGGACACUUUGGACAAGCUGAGGAACUUUUUCCGUGAUGACGACGGCAGCGUGGACAAGUCGCGUACUUUCUUUGCUUUUGCAGGUGCCGCUGCUGCCGGCUUUGCGGGCAAAAAACUUUACAACCGGUUCAGCAGAUAA